AUGUCUCGAGAGAUGGGAGAGCUCACCCAAAUGAGGUUGCAGAAGAUCUGGAUUCCACACAGCAGUGGCAGCAGCGGGCUACAGCAGAGGAAGAGCUCAUCAAUACCACAGUUUACCAAUUCCCCCACAAUGGUGAUCAUGGUGGGCUUACCAGCUCGAGGCAAGACCUACAUCUCCAUGAAGCUCACACGAUAUCUCAAUUGGAUAGGAACACCAACUAAAGUGUUUAAUUUAGGCCAAUACCGAAGAGAGGCAGUGAGCUACAAGAACUAUGAAUUCUUUCUUCCAGACAACAUGGAGGCUUUACUUAUCAGAAAGCAGUGUGCCCUGGCAGCCCUGAAGGAUGUCCAUGACUAUCUCAGCCGUGAAGAAGGUCAUGUUGCGGUCUUUGAUGCCACCAACACUACCAGAGAACGACGGUCACUAAUUCUGCAGUUUGCUAAAGAGCAUGGUUACAAGGUAUUUUUCAUUGAGUCUAUCUGUAAUGAUCCUGGCAUCAUUGCAGAAAACAUCAGGCAAGUAAAACUUGGCAGCCCUGAUUACAUAAACUGUGACCGGGAAAACGUUCUGGAAGACUUUCUAAAGAGAAUUGAGUGCUAUGAGGCCAACUACCAACCCUUGGAUGACGAACUGGACAGCCACCUGUCCUACAUCAAGAUCUUCGAUGUGGGCACACGCUACAUGGUGAACCGAGUGCAAGACCACAUCCAGAGCCGCACAGUCUACUAUCUCAUGAACAUCCACGUCACACCCCGCUCCAUCUACUUAUGCCGGCAUGGUGAGAGUGAACUCAACCUCAGAGGCCGCAUUGGAGGUGACUCUGGCCUCUCAGCUCGAGGCAAGCAGUAUGCUUAUGCUCUGGCCAACUUCAUUCAAUCCCAAGGCAUCAGCUCCCUGAAGGUGUGGACCAGCCACAUGAAGCGGACGAUCCAGACAGCUGAGGCUCUGGGUGUUCCCUAUGAGCAGUGGAAGGCCCUGAACGAAAUUGAUGCGGGUGUCUGUGAGGAGAUGACCUAUGAAGAAAUCCAGGAAAACUACCCUGAGGAAUUUGCACUACGGGACCAAGAUAAAUAUCGCUACCGCUAUCCCAAGGGAGAGUCAUAUGAGGAUCUGGUUCAGCGUCUGGAGCCAGUUAUAAUGGAGCUAGAACGGCAGGAAAACAUACUGGUGAUCUGCCACCAGGCCGUCAUGCGGUGUCUCCUGGCCUACUUCUUGGAUAAGAGCUCAGAUGAGCUGCCAUAUCUCAAGUGUCCUUUGCACACCGUGCUUAAACUCACACCUGUGGCUUAUGGAUGCAAAGUGGAGUCCAUCUACCUGAAUGUGGAAGCCGUAAACACACACCGGGAGAAACCUGAGAAUGUGGACAUCACCCGAGAACCUGAGGAAGCCCUGGACACAGUCCCUGACCACUACUGAGCCCUUUCCAAGAAAUCAAACUGCCAUUGUCCCCACUGUCUCCCACCUUUAAGAGCUGCUAUCCUUGCACUUCUCUUACCUUAAUACCCUGACCCCUGCUUCCAGUAAGAAGCCCUCAUUAUCUCCAAUACAGGCCUCAAUUUCUAGCUACAACCAAG